AUGGCGGUGAACUACAGCGCGAAGGAGGAGGCGGACGGACAUCCCUCGGGCGGCGGCGGCGGGGCCGUGAAGACCCGCAAGCCCGAUAAUACGGCGUUCAAGCAGCAGCGGCUGCCGGCCUGGCAGCCCAUCCUGACGGCGGGCACGGUGCUGCCGGCCUUCUUCAUCAUCGGCCUCAUCUUCAUCCCCAUCGGCAUCGGCAUCUACGUCACCUCCAACAACAUCCGCGAGUACGAGAUUGACUAUACAGGAACAGAGCCUUCCAGUCCUUGCAACAAAUGUUUAAAUGUGUCCUGGGACAGCUCAGCACCUUGUACUUGCACCAUCAAUUUCACACUGGAACAUUCAUUUGAGAGCAAUGUGUUCAUGUAUUAUGGACUGUCUAACUUCUAUCAAAACCAUCGCCGUUACGUGAAGUCUCGAGACGACAGCCAGCUCAACGGAGAUAACAGCUCUCUGCUUAACCCAAGUAAGGAAUGUGAGCCUUACCGCACAAAUGAGGACAAGCCCAUUGCUCCUUGUGGAGCCAUUGCCAACAGCAUGUUUAAUGAUACCCUGGAAUUAUAUCGCAUCGAAAACGAGACAAGGGUGGAUAUUCCUCUGAUUAAAAAAGGCAUUGCCUGGUGGACAGAUAAAAAUGUGAAGUUCAGGAAUCCUACAGGAGAUGGAAAUAACUUAACUGCACUUUUCCAAGGCACAACAAAGCCUGUGAACUGGCCCAAGCCAGUGUACAUGCUGGACUCAGAGCCUGACAACAACGGCUUCAUCAAUGAGGACUUCAUCGUCUGGAUGCGCACUGCUGCUCUGCCCACCUUCCGCAAGCUCUAUCGCCUCAUCGAGAGGAAGGACAACCUGGAGCCUACCUUACAGGCUGGAAACUAUUCUUUGGUUAUUACAUACAAUUAUCCUGUACACAGCUUUGAUGGCCGAAAAAGAAUGAUCUUAAGCACCAUCUCGUGGAUGGGAGGCAAAAAUCCCUUUCUGGGAAUCGCUUACAUCACCGUUGGCUCCAUCUGCUUCUUCUUGGGGGUUGUGUUGCUGAUCAUCCACCACAAAUAUGGCAACCGCAACACCAGCGCGGACAUUCCCAACUAGCCACCCUGCAUCCUGAAAGCAAAUGUACUGCAUGUGCAUCGAGGCCAGUCCAGAACAGACCCAGUUUUUGAAAGGCAAAUCUCUGCUCCUCUCACUUCUGAGACUGGGUACCUCAUGUUUCUCUAAAGCUCUCCUUUGCCAUGCUGUGGGUUAGCUCCUGCUGACGAGGGGUAUCCAGUUAGCUACAUUGAUUGUAUCUCUGCCCACCUCAGAAAAAGGCUCUUCUGAUGGUUUUUAUGCCUCUUAACUGGGCAGGCCACAUGAUACAUAUAGCUCCUGUUGUUCCCUUGAUGCAUCUGCUGCUUGUUCCUGUGUUGUGUAACCUCAGUGUGAAUUCAGUACCUAGAGGCUUUGUGGAGAAGAUGGCUGUAAAUCCUUAACUUCCCAGAAUUCAGGCACCUGUUGGAAAAGAAGUCGAGUCUUAAGUGUUUUGUUUUUCAAUUCACUGUCUCGUGUGCAUGAGCUUUUUACGUUUCUUGCUGAAAUUUUAAUAUAUUUAUAAGAGUUGUUAAAUAUUUUUCCCCCCCUCUGUGUCUACCCACCUCUGUCACGUUGAAUCUUUAAGUGCUGUGUGCAUUUCAGCACUCCUGGAUUCUUUGUAUAUUUACAAUGUACGUGCCUGGCCAGUAAAUGAGCAUCCUAUGGAGAUAAUUAACAACUCAGUUUUCUGGUUAUCUGCCUGAGUCCCUUCUGAGGAUUGUUGUAAAUUGGGAAAUGUUUGUUGCAGGUAGAAUCUGCCUUUUUUAUUUUUUCUCUCUAUUUUUGUCUUUUUUUUAACUCACAUCCAGUGCUAAUCUACCCAUUCUGCUUGCUGGUUUUGCUGUUUAUGAGCAGCUCCAAGCAUUGAGAAGAACCUAAAAGUGGGUUUUGGGUUUUUUUUAUUUUUUCACUCAUAAAUUUGGGUGAAUUCCUUUUUAUUGGAGGAGUUUCUUAAUUUUCUUGAGGUGUAGGUAUUCUGAGCAGGCUUUGUUGUAAAGGAAUUACUUUGGGGUGAACACCACAUUAAUUUUUUUGGGGUGUUAGGAUAGUAAACUCUAGAAAUUCCCAAGUUGAGAUGGCAGGAACCUUUUUUUUCACUGAAAUGCAGGUUGAGCUUGCGGUGAAACCUCACUGAAGUAUUGCAGUUAGAGGCCAUGUGCAGGUUAGUCUUAAAUUACAGAAGGGUUCAUCUUCAGGUUAAUUAAAAGUUAACUGUGACCUGUAAAAAAAAAAUACUACUUUUUGGU